AUGAUAUCAAUACCUUAUAAAAGGAUAAUAAUAGCAUUUUUUGGGAUCGGGUUCUUGGUAUGUUUGGCAAAUUGGAGCCAUCAACAACACAUGCAGCUCAGUAGUAUUGCACGCAGGAAUGAGACUCAUGCACCACAGUCGCAGAAACAUGCGUCAAAACGGGAAGAAGAGGAUGACGAAGACAACGACGAUCUUUUUUGCGCUGUAAUGAACCCACACACAGGCAAUUAUAUCGACUUGUCACAACUAUCGGCCACGCCUAAUAGUCUAAGAAAGGAUUCCCACAGACAACACCGAAAACAACAGGAUUGGCAGAAAACUCGGUGGUUGGUGAAAGAGCCCGAGACUCAGCGGAACUACACUUUAGGGAUCUGCUCGAGCGCCACGCGUCAAGGGGUGGACUCGCUGGCGAAUUCCACAGGAGCGUUUUUUGUGGACCCUCAAUCGCAUCAGGAAGUGUCGAUUGGGGACUUUAACACACAGCCGCGGUUCGUGGGCAAAAAACUGACCAUGACGUACGAAAAUGGCGACUUGUGUCCCAACGGCAUUGACAAACGGUCCACGCUUUUGAAUUUUGUGUGCGACAAAGAGAUCCAAUCAAAGGCCCAGGUCAAUUACGUCGGAUCGUUGCACAAUUGCUCGUAUUUCUUCGAAGUGCGUAGCGUGUACGCAUGUCCCACAUCGCAUAAAAGCAACGACGUCAACGUGCUGGGCAUUUUUUUCGGCAUUUUUCUGGUGUUUUUCGCUGUAGAAUGGGGCCGCCGCUGGUUUUAUGGUCGUGUGAGAGCGAGGUUGCGCUACAGCGGAGACCCUGCUUUUCUGGACAACAGACCUCAUUGGGACUCCAUUGAAAGGCCUUCGCGGAUACGUCAGUUUUUCAAGCAACUCUUCCAAUUUUCGAAACCCAAGAGAACAACGGGCAUCAAAUUGAGUACGUCGCCGCAGUAUCGCAACGCAAGCACUGAUUCAUUAGCGCGCGACAUCGAAGUCCAGAAUAAUCUUUUGGACAAUCUGGACGUGCAUACAACAAGCAGUCGUUAG